GUUUCAGUACAUGGUAGAAGCAAAAUAGAUUCUGUAAACUUUGUAGAAGCGUUUAAUAUCAUAUAAUAUUGAUUCGCCAAUUCGAAAGACCUCGAUCGAAUAAAUCUAGAUCGUUAAUUUCAAUUUAGUGUCGCUGAUUUCUAUCAGUCUCAUCACAAUUUACAACAAACCAAGUCAGACUCUGGAAGAAGAUAAUAUCGUUUUGAUUCUCAUCUCAGUGAAAGUACACUAUGAAUUUGAGAAUUCAAAUAUAUUUCACAGUUCUUGUGAUAUCUGUUUCAAUCAAAUCUACUGCGGAAUAUGGUAAUUGGAAUCCUAACAGACGACCAAAAAUAAUGGGAGACUUGAUUAAUAUGAAAUCCCUGGAUCCAAAGAAACUGAGAGUACAGAGGAAAAUCGUACUUUAUCAUAAUUUCUUCAGGUCUAACGUUAAACCAAGUGCCAAAAAUAUGCUUAGAAUGAAAUGGCACAAAGAUGUAGCCAAGGCAGCUCAGAGAUGGGCUGACGCUUGUGUGUUUCUGACACAUGACAAUACUACUGGACGAUUUAUUGAUAAUUAUGGAUCAUGCGGGCAGAACAUAUUCAUCUCGUCCCAUCAAGUACCUUGGUUCUUCGCUGUGAACACAUGGUGGUUAGAGAAGGAUUUAUUCAAGUUUGGAAAACCCAAUAAUAAUUUAACCAUCAUUGGACACUACACCCAAAUGGUUUGGGCCUCUACCCAUGAAAUUGGUUGUGGUAUAGCAAAGUGCCUCCAUCACGGAAACUAUUUGUACACCAAAGCAAAAGUAUACUACAACUAUGUAUGCAACUAUUGUCCUAUUGGUAACCGUCCAGGUCGUUUAGGAAGACCCUAUAGAAGGGGAGAACCUUGCAGAGGAUGCCAAAAACAUUGCAAAGGAAAACUGUGUUCGAAUUUUUGCCCAGCUGCUGACCAGUGGUCCAACUGCAAACAACUUCACAAUAUACACCCAUAUUGGCUGUGUAACACAAAAACGCCUCAAGGAAAACAAAGACUAGCCAUAUACUGUUCUGCUACUUGCAGUUGCAGGCAUAAGGUGCACGACUAAAAAUGCUUUCUGUGAAUUUGAAAUCUUUUGAUAGAUAGUAUACGGUUUUUCAAUGUUUUUAUCCAUAUAAUUUCAAAGUUACCUACCUCUAUGAUGGUUGGUACGUAUAUAUUCAAGUAUCACUUUCACAAAAAGUCUAAUGAUUUCAAUUUUCUGGAUCCAUCAUAUUUCCUUUCGUAUAUUUACGAAGUUGAUAUUUUUUAUAUAUAUUCAGAUUCAGUUUGUCAGACUAUAGCUCUCUCUAGAACGAUAUAAAUGUUUUUUUAAUCAUCAACCAGGAAUAACCAGGGGGCAAUUAGACUGAACUGGAACAUAUACGUAUGAAAACAAUUCGAUUUUUGGAUUGUCUCAUUGCCCCAACUCUGUAGUAGGUACCCAUUUUUAUUGUUAUUAAUGAAAGAGUAAUUAUUGUUAUACCUAGUUAUUCUUUGAUAUAUAAACAAUUAAAAUGAAUUAGAACCUAGUUU